UUACACGUGAAAAUUAGGAAACAUGGCGUACUUGUUUGCAGCGAAACUCUGAGCGAAGUAUUUUUAGAACGUUGAAAAUGGGCCUUACGAAGAGCGAAGCUUUCGCUAUCUUAGAGCUUCCGUUUGGAGCCAGUCAUGAAGAAAUUAGAUCUAGUUACAAACGUCUUGCACUGAGAUGGCACCCUGAUAAGCACAAUAACAGCCAAGAAGCUACCAAGAAAUUCCAAGAAGUGUCUUCCGCAUACAAGCGGUUAACAAGUGAAGACUCUGACGAUGAAAUCAACUUAUCCCCUGCAGAUAUGUUUGACCUAUUUGCUCACAUUUUCUUCCACCGAAAUGGAAUGUUUGGUUGCUGCCCUGGAAUGUAUGACUCAGACAACAGUUACAAUAGCGAUGAUGAUGACGAUGAUGAUGAUGACGAUGAAGUCGAUGACGAAAUUCUUCAAAGUAUAGCACGCAGUUUUAGGAAAAAAUAUGAGAGGAAACCUUCAGAAAAAGUUGGCCGACCAGCACAUAACUUAUCAGAGGCGGAAGCUAUGAAAAAUGCUAAAGAACUUAUAGAGGAAGAAGAAAGAGAUCGGAAAAAAGCAGAAAAGAGGAGAGCAAAAAAGAAGAUGUGUAUGUCUGUUUCUUCCUUUCAGCAAAAGAAUAAUAAUAAAAAAGAAAAUAUUCCUGCUAGUAGUAAAGUGCCAGUAAAAGAUGUGGAUAAAAAACGAAAUACAACAAGUAAAACUGUAAAUAACAAUACAAAACUAUCAAAUGGUCUUAAAGAACAGUUUUUGAAUAACAACACAAAUUUACAACAGUCAGGAAAAACAGAACAAAGUUCAUCUAAAAGGCGUGAAGAUGAGGAUUUGUCAGGUGGAGAGGAGCCCACAUGGGAUACAUCCAGCGCUUUCUUUGCAAGAGCUGCUGGUCGUAAUCCAGCGUCAGCUCCAACCACCAGCUCUACGACAGUUAAAAAUAAUACGCCUGUUACUACCAGUCAGAGUUCACAGUCUAAUGUAAAAAACAGCUCCAGUCAACAGGCAUCGACAGAACAGAUAGAUCCUGUAAUACUACGUAGCAGACAAGUAGCAGUAAAAGGAAAUGAGAUGGCCAACCUUGGUAACUAUCAGGCCGCUGUUGACUUGUUCACUCAAGCUAUCAAGCUGGAUGCAAAAGACUUCAGAUUUUUUGGGAACCGUUCAUACUGUUUUGAUCGAAUGGGUCAAUAUGAAAAAGCUCUUCAGGAUGCUGAUGUGGCUAUCUCACUCGCACCUGAUUGGCCCAAAGGAUACUUUAGAAGAGGAAGGGCCCUGGCGGGAUUAAAGUUCUAUUCUGAUGCAGAGAGCAGUUUUGCUCAGGUGUUAAAACUGGAUAAACAUUGUGAUGAUGCUAUGUUUGAACUGGCAAGAGUUAGAGUACAGCAGUUAGAGGAAAUGGGAUUCCCUCAAAGUCAAAGUGAGGUAGCCAUUCAGGCAUUUGGUACAGUUCAGGCAGCAUUAGAGGCAUUGUUGGCUGGAAAAGUGAACUGUCCUGUAUCAACCGAGAUAUACAUGUCUGAUGGAGAGGAUGAUCCACAAAAACAGCAGCAUAUAAGAGCUGUUGAAAAUAGCAGCAAUGUAGAUGGUCCUUGUCGUUCACUAUGGGUUGGCAACAUCAAUCCUGAAGAAGUCAGUGAGAGGCAUUUGUUACAGCUGUUCAGUCGUUGUGGCCGGGUGGACAAUGUUCGAAUUCUCCCAAAAAGAUUCUGUGCUUUUGUGAACUACGACAAGGCUGAGUCAGCAACAUUGGCACUUGAAAAAUUACAGGUGAGCAAAUGUUUAGCCUUGCUUGCUCAAGAUCAAUUUUAUCAGGAAAUGGGAUUCCCUCAAAGUCAAAGUGAGGUAGCCAUUCAGGCAUUUGGUACAGUUCAGGCAGCAUUAGAGGCAUUGUUGGCUGGAAAAGUGAACUGUCCUGUAUCAACCGAGAUAUACAUGUCUGAUGGAGAGGAUGAUCCACAAAAACAGCAGCAUAUAAGAGCUGUUGAAAAUAGCAGCAAUGUAGAUGGUCCUUGUCGUUCACUAUGGGUUGGCAACAUCAAUCCUGAAGAAGUCAGUGAGAGGCAUUUGUUACAGCUGUUCAGUCGUUGUGGCCGGGUGGACAAUGUUCGAAUUCUCCCAAAAAGAUUCUGUGCUUUUGUGAACUACGACAAGGCUGAGUCAGCAACAUUGGCACUUGAAAAAUUACAGGGUCAUGAGCUUGGUGGAGAGGAGAUACUGUUGAGAUAUCCUAACAACACAGGAUCACCAGGAAGUCAAUCAGUCCCUUCUACUACAGUUCCUGUGGCUCCUGUUAAAAAGAAACUUGCUGAGGGGGAAGUGAGGCUGUCUGCGAGCAAGAUGUCAGGCCCAGUGAAUGGAGAUGAAUGCUAUUUCUGGCGAACGACUGGCUGCUAUUUUGCAGAGAAAUGUCGAUUCAGACAUGUUCCAGAGAGUAAAGGGGUAGACUUGAAACGAGUUGAGGCAAAAUAUGGAGGAAAACUGCGAGUGACUCCACCAUCAAGUGAUUAAAAAUGUGACUUAUAUAAAAAAAAAAAACCUUGACCAGUGACAGCUUAGCUGUCUACAAAAAAGAAAUGGGUUUAACUAUGAAACAAAAUUUAUUGAACUACAAAAUUGUCAGAUAGCUCGAUCAUGAGUACAAGUUGAAUAAACGUUUAUACGUUUUGGUUAGAACUGUA